AUGGCUCAGUCCACUGUCAGCAGGAGCGACCGCGAGAACCACUUUCGUUUCCUGGAUCUACCAGCAGAGUUGCGCAAUUGUAUCUAUGAGUUCGCUGCUGAGACCGAAGCCGACCAACCUCGCUGCGUACUGCCGUGUCUUGCGCUUGCGCAGACAUGUCAACAGCUGCGUACUGAGUACCGGCCCGUCUGCAUGAAGCGAGAGAUCAUCAUUGACUGGAAGGCGGUCACCGGUUACCUGCACCAUUUCUUUCCGAACGUUGACGGCAAGGUCGUGAAUGCUGAGCUUGUACCGAAAGGCAUAACAGUUGUGACUCCGUGGCGCGGACAAGAGGAAGGGGACGGAUCUAAACUCGACUUGCUACCGAUCAUCAAGGUCGGGCUCUGCCGACCAGAUUUCACCUGUCGCUUCGUCCAUGACAAAACUAUCAUGAAGCUUGUGCUUGAAGACGGAAAAUACCACCCGGAUGAGUUCGCGGAAUUUGUCAAUGAAGACUCUGGUUCCCUAGGGAAUGUGGUGUGCAAUCGGAACGAAAAGUGGCUGCUCGAAAUCGCGACUGGUGUUAUCAAGAGAAUCAUCCUUUCCAACAUCGGCGUCUACGGUGCUCCUCAGGCUGAGUUCUACAUGAACUACUCGCUGUUUAGCCCUGAGUCGGACGAGGACUCGGAAUACUCAUUCACAGAGCUAUACUUUAAGAGCGUUGGACUUUUCGAGGCUUGGACAUGGGAUGACUUCCCAGCUUUCCCUUCGCUGGAAUUUGAGCCUUGA